UUUUUGGGUGGGUUACUCAAGUGAGGCGCAUUAGACUGUCUCCACGCUCGGUCAGAAAGUAUAUAAAAGUAUAAAUUUCAUGUUCCCCCACCCAAAGAGAUGUAUUAUAAAUAAAAUAAUACAAAUCAUGCAAUCUACAAUCAAAGUAUUUAUUCACUUUACCAACGAACCAACCCUCGAAUUUGAUUUUCUUCAGGAUAAAUUAACCUGGACAAACCUCCUUACGUUAAUUGAAUGUUCACGUCGUCUGGGCUCUCCCGGUAUCCUUUACUACAAGCAGGACAAUACCAUCCAGACCUUAUCAACUCAAUCCCAACUGGCAUCUCUCCUUUUACCCACGGAUGAGAUGAAAGGUCUUUGUCUCUAUGCUCAAGCAGGACUCGUACGUGACCCUGUUCAUGUCCUCCCCAGUCAUGCCUCCCUUCGUUUAUCUCGGUUCAUGGAACAACACAAGGAAACCAUCGCCUCCCAUCCUCGUCUUUCCAAAUGGGUAGAUGUCUUGGAUUCCUCCAUUGCAAAGGAUACCCAAGGUCUGCAGUUUGAUCAUGAGUUCAAAAUACUCGAGGCUUUAUCUACUGAUACGAAUGGAGAAACAGAGGUUCGUCAAGAGCAACCCAAACAAAAGGCCCUCUUUACUUUCUCUAUAAAUACAAGUGCUUUAUUCCGUCAAGAACCAUUUGGCGGCAGAGAGUUUGGUGGUGGUGGUGGUGGUGGUGGUGGUGGUGGUGGUGAUAGGGGAAAUUCUGCUGAGAAGCACCAACCUUUGGGUGAACAAGGUGCCCAGAAGGGUGGUUUACAGGACUUGGUGGUAAAGAUAGCUUUGUUGGUCGUCAUGGUGCUUUUAUUAAAGAGUCUGGUAGAAAACCUGAUGCUUUUGGUAUUUGUUGUGGCUCGAGGUAUGCUUACUGCCGUAGAGAGUUAUGCCAUGGGUAUGGAUAUGAUGAAACGUCAGCUAGUCAACAGUUGGCAUCAUGUGAAGAGUAUCAUUUAUUAAGCAGCACCAAUGACGCCUUUUUUUUUUUUUUGUAUUACAUCAUAAAUAAAUAAGGAGCUACUACGCUUUUUUUUUUU